GCUUCGCGUCCCUCGCGUGCUUUUAUUUUGAAGAGACCCCCCACAAUGCCCCGCGUGCCUCACGCCGCCUCAGCAGCUGCUGCCGCAUCAGUGAGCAGAGCAGCAGGAUCCCGGGUUGAACUUCCAGAGACACACGGUGAACCAUGUGUGGUAUCUGGGCUUUGUUCGGCAGCGAUGAGUGCCUGUCGGUUCAGUGCACCUGUGCCAUGAAGAUCGCUCACAGGGGCCCCGACGCCUUCCGCUUCGAGAACGUCAACGGCUUCACCAACUGCUGCUUCGGCUUCCACCGGCUGGCCAUCGUGGACCAGCUGUACGGCAUGCAGCCGCUGCGUGUCAAGAAGUUCCCCUACCUGUGGCUCUGCUACAAUGGAGAGAUCUACAACCACCAGGCGCUGAAGACGCAGUUUGACUUUGACUAUCAGACCAGGGUGGACGGCGAGGUGCUGCUUCAUCUCUACGACCGCUUUGGGAUCAAGAAGAUGGCGUCCCUCCUGGACGGAGUCUUCGCCUUCAUCCUGCUGGACACGGCCAACAGGAAGGUCCACCUGGGGAGGGACACGUAUGGCGUCCGCCCGCUGUUCAAGUUCCUCACUGAUGACGGCUUCCUGGCGGUCUGCUCGGAGGCCAAAGGCCUUUCAGAGAUCACCCACUCCAUGGAGACCGCCGCCAGCAUCGCCCCCUUCCUGCCUGGACACUACGAGGUCUUCGACCUGAAGCUGAACGGCAAAGUUCAGUCCGUCAAGUUUGAGGAGUUCCACUGCUGCACCAGAGAGCCGGCUCACGCCCUCUACGACGCGGUGGAGGGACUGUCGUCAGGUUUCGCUGAGGAAACGGUGAAGCGUAACAUCAGGAGUCUGUUUGAGAACGCCGUGCGGAAACGCCUGAUGGCCCACAGACGCAUCGGCUGUCUCCUGUCAGGAGGUCUGGACUCCAGUCUGGUUGCAGCAACGCUGCUGAAACUGUCUAAAGAGGAGAAGCUGCCGUACUCCAUCCAGACCUUCUCCAUCGGGUCAGAGGACAGUCCUGAUGUCAUCGCUGCUAAAAAGGUGGCGGCCCACAUCGGCAGCGAGCAUCACACGGUGACGUUCACAGCAGAGGAGGGCAUCAAAGCCGUGGAGGACGUCAUCUUCCACCUGGAGACCUAUGACAUCACCACCAUCCGGGCCUCUGUUGGGAUGUACUUGGUAUCGAAGUACAUCAGGGAGAAGACGGACAGCGUGGUGAUCUUCUCUGGAGAAGGAUCUGAUGAGCUGACUCAGGGAUACCUUUACUUCCACAAGGCUCCAAAUGCCAAAGCAGGAGCAGAGGACAGCGUCCGUCUCCUAAAGGAGCUCUACCUGUUUGACGUCCUCCGCGCUGAUCGGACCACAGCUGCUCAUGGUUUGGAGCUCAGAGUGCCUUUCUUGGAUCAUAGAUUCACGGCGUACUACCUUUCCCUCCCUGAGGAGAUGAGAGCUCCUAAGGAUGGAGUGGAGAAACACCUUCUCAGGGACUCCUUCAAAGGCCUCAACCUGAUUCCUGAGGAGAUCCUUUGGAGACGGAAGGAAGCCUUCAGUGAUGGCAUGAUGUCAGAGAAAAAGUCCUGGUACUCCUGCCUCCAGGAGCAUCUGGACUCUGUGGUGAACGAGGAGCAGAUGGAGAAGGCGGCCCAGACCUUCCCCCACAACCCCCCCAAAACCAAGGAGGCCUUCUACUACAGGCAGGUGUUUGAGCGGUUGUACCCGGGCCGCGCCCAGUGGCUGUCCCAUUACUGGAUGCCUCGCUGGAUCAGCGCCACCGACCCGUCAGCGCGGACGCUGUCCAUCUACAAAGCAGACAAAGAGCAGUGAUUGGCUGAGCGCCCGGUUUCCUGCUGCGGCUUUCAAUAAAUGACUGAAACUGUUGUUGUUGUUUGAGGUGGAAGGCUGGUCAGACUGGGCCGGAUUUAGUCCAGAACCGGACUAAUGGGCCCUGAUGGCGUCAAAGCAGCUUCAACCUCACAUUUACUGCUGCUGUCAGAGAAACGGCGUGAUGUUCUGCUUUGGUCCACCUGAGCUGAAGGUUUAAUAAAGGCAGAACUAAACCAGCCUAAAGGUCCUGAUGGUCGUCUGUGAAGCUUCCAGCAAACCCAACAUGGUGAAAAUAGAACAGGGGGGGAGGAGCUAAAUCAACCUGUGAUUGGUUGGUUCUGAGCAGCUCCU